UGUAAUGGUAUCUUGGUGCAUGGAGUCAGAUGUCCUGGGUUUGAAUCCUAGCUCAGCUUCCUCUGACCUAGGGACAGUCAUGCCUUCUCUCUGAGCCUCAGUUUCCUCACUUUCAAAAAGGGGGAUAAUAUCUACUUUUUGGAUCAUAAUGAUGAAACAAGAUCACGUAGGUAUUUAAUAAACAGAAGAUGUUUUCUCGGAAACACUAGAUCAUGUGAGUAAUGAGUGGACCAGGGGGAUUUGAAUAUAUAUUUGUUGAAUUGAAUUGAGGCGCCUAAAAGAACGACUGAGCUGGAAAGCACCUCAGAAUUCUUUGGGCCUUAAUGACUUCCAAACUGGAGUCCAAGUGAACUGUUUAUAGCAUUUCCAAAUGAUAAGGGAAAUCACAUACUUACUCUUGAUAAAGUCUCCUGUUUCUUUACUUUUGUCUGGAAUUGUAUCAACUUAAGGUGAUAAUAUGAUUACCACAUGCUGUUCAGAAGUUCUGAUUGGCAGUUACGUGGGUCUUUGAUAAGCUUUUUUUAAAUGGGAAAAUAAUUAGUGGAGGAUAGAGUAAAUGUUGGAAAAUGUUAAUCUUGUGUAACUCCUCAUUUCAUAAACAGGGAAGUUGAGGUUUAAAGAAGUGGCUUGCUAGUCACACAGCUAGCAGAGCUAAAACCCAUGUUCUUUUCCUAGAACCAGUUACUUCCCUUUCCAUUUCCGGAGAGAGGGAACCUAGAAUCAAUGAAGUUGAGGGGUUUUGGUCUGCUGGGGCUGGAAUGAAGUGAGUCAUCAAUUUGCCGUUGCCCUUUCUCUGUUCUUGACUCAUUCAGCAAAUAUUUACUGACUGUCCACACUAUUUGGACUCAGAGGAGGAGGCCAAGAGAAAACAGUCAUGGCGGCAGGCAGAGCCCAGAUAUGCUCCCAGGUAUGACUUCAGAACCUGUGCUUUCUUUCCAUUAUAAAUAUAUACGGAUAUAUAAAUAUAAAUGGAUACCCACGUUAUAAAACAUCAGUACUCUGCCUUCUAAUAUAGUUACGUUGUGUCUGAGGGCAGGGACUGUCUCAUUCCAACGUGUCCAAAUCUUCCUGGCACCCAGUAGGCACGAAAUCGAUGCUGUGGCGUUAGCAGUACGUGAAUUCUAAUCCUGACUCCACUAACUCUUAUGUCUUUGAGACAGUAUGUUGCUUUCCUUCUCGCCCUUAGUUUAAUCAUCUGUAAAACGGGAACAGUGGCAAAAUGAUGUGUGGAACAGCUGGCAGGUUCAUUUCAAGUUAUCCCAGACCUUAACUAAGAGAAAGAAAACAUUAGGAAUCUAGGCUGAAAAUAGAGUCAACGUUUAUCACCUCCUUAAUUUCCCAAAUAUCUUUCUCCCGCCCUUGGCCACCCCUCUUCCAUCUCCCCCACUCGCCCUCUUUUGCUUCAAGAUUCCCCUCUAGAGGGCAUGCAAGCUCUACCACUCUCAUGCCUUACUUCCGUUCGCCGUCAUUCUUCAUUUUGCGCAUGUGCACACUUCGCUUCCCGGCUGCCCGUACCCUCGUUCAGAGGGCUGAGCCGAAGCUUGCACCCACUACGCCUGCGCAGUCUCAGCCCCGCCCCCACCGCCGUCCCCGGAAACGCUUCCUUCCUACGCAGCCGCUGCCGUCGCUGGAGCUUUGCCUCUCUAGGCCGGGAGGGCCUGUUCUCCAUGGUUUUGUCUGUCAGCAGUAUUUCGGGGGCCAGCAGGUGAGGCUGGGCCGCGCUCGGACCCUUCGAUCCUCGAGUCCGUCACCGGUGCCGGGGCGGCACGGAGCCCAUGGCGCGGCGACGCUGACCCAGGCCCGGUUGGCGGCCGGGCCCCGCAGGCCGGCAUGGCGGGCCAGUUCCGCAGCUACGUGUGGGACCCGUUGCUGAUCCUGUCGCAGAUCGUCCUCAUGCAGACCGUCUAUUACGGCUCACUGGGCCUGUGGCUGGCGCUGGUGGACGGGCUGGUGCGCAGUACCCCCUCCCUGGACCAGAUGUUCGAUGCCGAGAUCCUGGGCUUCUCCACCCCUCCAGGCCGGCUCUCCAUGAUGUCCUUCGUCCUCAACGCCCUCACCUGUGCCCUGGGCCUGCUGUACUUCAUCCGGCGAGGGAAGCAGUGUCUGGAUUUCACUGUCACUGUCCAUUUCUUUCACCUCCUGGGCUGCUGGUUCUACAGCUCCCGUUUCCCCUCGGCGCUGACCUGGUGGCUGGUCCAGGCCGUGUGCAUUGCGCUCAUGGCUGUCAUCGGGGAGUACCUGUGCAUGCGGACGGAGCUCAAGGAGAUCCCCCUCAACUCAGCCCCUAAGUCCAAUGUCUAGAAUUGGGUCCUUUGGACACCCUGCUGGGCCCUUGGUCACCCCCAACACCUUGGGCUGCUCAGACCCUCCAGAUGAGGUCCAGCCCAGGUCUCAGAGGAACCCUGGAAAUGUGAAGUCUCCGUUGGUGUGGGAGAGAUAGUGAGGCCCUGUCAAGAAGGCAGGUAGCAGUCAGGGCCACAGCUGCAAGAAUGGCCUCUGUCUGCUGAAGCCUUGGUAUCAGGGAGGUCAGCAAGGGGACCUCUUUCAGGGUAAUAACAGAAUUGGAACCAUUCACUCUUGAGCCACCAUACCUGUCACCAGCCUGUUAUUUUAAAAAAGAAAAAAAUCAAGGAUAUCUGAUUGGAGCAAACCACUCUUCUAGCCAUCUGUCUUACCUCCCUGGGACAGCUGUUACCUUUGCCAUGUUGCCAAACCACAGCCAUUCAGUUUGGAGAAACGCUUGGUUUCUGGAUCCAUAGCCACAGAAAGAAACGUAGGUGCAAAAUACUAGGCUGCUGUCAGGGAGAGGACGGCAGAUGGAGGCAUCAAGCACAAGGAAAAUGCACAACCUGUGGCCUGCUACACGCAUGUGCACGUGCACCCAUGAACCCACGACUCACUCUUCAGUUCUCUACUGGGUCCCCACCCUGCCGCCCGCUUUCGACAAAGCAGGCCUCAGGACCCAGAGAAGAGUUUCAGCAUCGCUCCCAGUCCAACCCUCGUAAUAGAGUCACUGCCCUAGAGUCACUGCCGGUUCUCUAGGAAUGACCAGGCACCCCAGGUCCCACUGGACCUCAGUUCUUGUUUUCCUGCCUUAUUUGGAAUUCUGUAUUAGGAAGGGUAUGAUGGGUGUCCAGAGACAGGAAGCCCAGCCUUCCAGCUCAAUGCUCUGGUACUGCCGAGGGAGAUAGGAAUUUGCUGCUAAGUUUUUUCUUUGGGGUGGAGUGUCCUCUGUGAGGGGCCUGCAGCUGUCCUUCCUGUGUACAUAAAUACAGUAUUUUCCACGGU